AUGAGUUGUGUGGAGCUGUAAUACAGUGUGUGUAGAGCCCGAGCGCUGCAGUGCUUUGCAAUGAUAUCCUCCGCUGAAUAUACAGCACAACAGACACACAGUCAGAGUGAGAGACAGACCAGUCAUUUGUCGUACACUUUAGUGUGCAGUCUAUGGGAGUGAGUGUUUGAGUGCUAUUAAAACACAAUAACAAUAUUAUUGUUAAUUUCAUCGUGCCACACAUUAUACAACUGCUUGGAUCAGACUUGUGGUGACGACAUGUGAAUUAGUGGUCAAUAAAGCGGUCAUCAAAUAGUGUCAAAAAACGAGAUUAUCUUCUAUUAUAUAAAUAGAUUUUUACUGUAAUAUAACGACAAUUUGAAGACAAUUACCACUGAUGUCUGAAAUACACUCUUUCGGAACCGAUGCCAUUCCCUGUCACGCGUUUAACGCUUCCAGAAGUAAGGUGGCCCUUUCGCCCAACAAUAAUGAGGUCCAUAUCUAUCAAAGAGAUGGCAUUAAGUGGACAUUGAGUCACAAUUUAAAUCAACACGAUUUAAGGAUAACGAGUAUUGAUUGGGCGGCAAAUAGUAACCGAAUAGUGACCUGUUCUGCGGACCGAAACGCGUACGUCUGGUCUCCAGUUGACGGCCAAUGGAAGCCGACACUAGUGUUACUGCGGAUCAAUCGGGCGGCCACUUGUGUCCGGUGGUCGCCGAAAGAGGACAAGUUUGCUGUGGGAAGCGGUGCUAAACUGGUGUCUGUGUGUUAUUUCGAAGAAGCCAACGACUGGUGGGUCUCUAAACAUAUCAAAAAGCCUAUUCGCUCGACCGUCACGUCCAUCGAUUGGCACCCGAAUAACGUGCUGUUGGCCUGCGGUUCGACCGACUUUAAGGCCCGAAUAUUUUCCGGUUUCAUCAAAGAGGUGGACAAACGGGAAGGCGAGUCGACGCCGUGGGGCGGAAAGUGCAGUACCGGCGCACUGGUCGGCGAGUUCUCCAACGGCGGAGGCGGUUGGGUUCACGGCGUGAGCUUCUCGCCCGACGGGAACCGUUUGGCGUGGGUUUCGCACGACAGCAGUAUUUCUGUGGCCGACGCUAACCGAGGAAUGGCUGUAUCAACAGUGAGGACACGGUUUUUGCCUUAUUUGUCGUGCGUGUGGUCGGCACCCGAUCUGAUUGUCGCGGCCGGUCACGACUGCUGUCCGAUGCUAUUCCAGUACGAUAUGAGUCGAGCGGAGCUUAAAUAUGUGGAUAAAGUGGACAAAACUCUUAAGAAAGAAGUGGACGGAUUUAGUGCUAUGAGAAAAUUCAAAGAUAUGGAUAAACGAGGGAUGAGUGUAGAGAACAAUAUAAGUGACACACAAUUGGAUUCAAUACAUCAGAACACUAUAUCUGAGAUCCGUGUCUACAGUGGCUCCAAAUCAGGCGCCGAUAAGAUAUCAACGGUUGGUGUGGACGGACUGAUGGUUGUCUGGGAUUUAAAGUCUUUAGAGGGAUCGUUAAAAGGUCUUCGAAUCGCGUGAUUAACAGAAAAUUAAUUUAUAUAAAAUUUAAAUUAAAUUCCAUUCAUAUGUAUGUAUUGUGUUGUGUCGACAAAACUAAAACAAAACUCAUCCACAAAAACAACAGCAAAACUGUCAUUAACUGUCUUUCUAUGUCUAUAAACCGAUACAAACAAAACACAAUCGAUAGUCGGUGUUAAUCGCCGACCGAUUCUGUUAACGAAUAACUGAUUUCUUAGUUAACAAAUUGAAGAAAAUUUUAUUUUGAAAUUAAUUAUAAUUAUAUUAUUUAUCAUUUAUUGGUGAGAAAACAAAUACAUUAUUAACGGCCAAUCGCUUCCAUACCAAUCGCU